CUUUCCUCUCUAAAUUUGCCUUCAUUCAAUUCACCACGGGAUAAACACUUGACAAUAGCAAAUCAUUAUGUUGUUCUUCCUCUAUCAAUUUGUUCCUUCUCUUUAUUCUAUCUCUUUUUUUUUUUUCUCCCUCUUUUUUUUUUCUCCUUUAUUCUUUUUUCACCUACCAUCUCUUUUAUUAUCAACCAAUGACACCUCAACCUCGUAUUCAACUCAAUCAACGUGAAUGGAUCAAACCCAAGACACCUACUCCUAUUGAUAAAAGUCGUUUACCUUUAUCCGAUUGGGAUGUCGUUAUGUUCAAGUCUUAUACACCUAUGCUAUUAUUUUACGCCAAUACGGAAAAAAUGGAAGAUUUUAUGAAUACAGAAGUUUUGAUAGAUUCAUUACAGGUAGUACUUGAUGAUUUUUAUCCUCUUGCUGGUCGUCUGGUAGAUAUUGGUCAAGGUCGUGAUGAAAUUGAAUGUAAUGAUGCUGGCGUUUUAUUUCAAGAAACAUCGUAUCCAGAAGAAUUAGAAUCAUUCAAAGAAGAUGGUUAUUUACCUCAUCAAAUGGAUUAUCAUCAUAUGUUUCCCAUUCACUUUUAUUGUUCACCACAAGAUCCAUUGUUAGCAAUUCAAGUAAAUCGAUUUCUCGAUGGUGGAGUGGCAUUAGGAAUCAUGAUUUUACACAAGAUAGCAGAUACUUAUUCAGCCUGUUUAUUCCUGGAUGCCUGGGCCAAACAAGCACGUGGUCUUCCCUAUGCUAAAGCCUGUUUCAAACGAUCCCUCGUCUCUUUUCCUCCCAAUACAGUCAUCACCGAAGAAGCCAUUCAUCAUUAUCGUGAAGAACAUAAAGUAGUCGAUCCUGAUCAUUAUCGUUUACGUAUGGAUCCCAAUCAACAAAUUUAUUCAAGAACUACGCCAGACGGUCCUUUACCAUUGAAAAGUAUUGUAUUGGAAUUCCAUUCGGAUGGCCUUCAAAUGUGUAAAAAGGACGCUCAUACAAUUGAAAUGAUGGAAAGUAAGACAUGGAUGUCUACAAAGGAAGCUCUUUUUGGUAUGUUGCUACGUGCGAUUGUGCGAUCAAGAAAUAUUCCAAGAGAUGAAGCUGUACGUAUGAUCUUAGGUGUCAAUGGACGAAUGAAAAUGAAAUAUACAAAAAAUAUUGAUUACUAUUUUGGAAAUUGGAUGAUUUCAAGGACAAUCACUAUGGACAGACGACAAGUGAAUUCAACUCAUCUGGCAGAAGCUGCUAUGGCAUUCCGACGACAACUCACUUCAUUACGAUCAUCACUAUUUCAUGGCAUCAGCAAGAUAUAUACAAUGAAUGAAGACAUGACUGUACAUUAUUUGACAUAUCAACCCAAUUGUGAUACUCAAGUGACAGCAACUGAUGCCUCUUCCUUACCGUUCUGGAGAUUGGAUUUUGGAUUUGGCAGACCUGAUCGUACUCGAGGUUAUAUUACUUCUGGUGGUAAUGGUUGUUUAGUACUUUUUGGAAGAAACGAUGGCAAUAAAGGUGUUAUGUAUGACGUUCAACUUCAAAUGGAUGCCGAUUCUAUCAAGCGUUUUAUUGAUGAUCCAGAAGUUCGAAAGUACUCCAGGCGUAUUCUUUAUUGAUAUCCCCCCCCCACAUCUCCCAUUAGAAUCGUAUAGUUCUUCUUUUUGUCCACUUUUUAUUUUAUUUUGUUUUAUUACUGUAGUUGCAAUAUAAUAGUUUAUUUGUUUGUUUCUUUCAUAUCAUUUUGAACUAAUAAAGAUCAUUUUAUUACAACUCA